AAAUCCUCAUUCGCAUCCCGAACAUCGUCGAGUACGAAGCUUGACCGGUGUAUUUAUCUUCUCAUAUCAAAAGAUAUAAAGAGAAGAAGAGAGAGAGAGAAAGAGAGAGAGAGAGAGAGAGAGAGAGAGAGAAAGAGAAAAGAUAUAAAUUAAAUCAGAACGUUUUACGGUGUUACGAGAAGUUAAUUUUUAUCUCUCGUAUUUUUUAUCGAACGAUAUCCAACGAUAUAGACAGAGAGAGAGAGAGAGAGAGAGAGAGAGAGAGAGAAUAUUGUUGGGGAAUAUAAUAAGAAGAAACAGAUAGAAAGAGAUAAAAAAAAUGAAGUUCUCUUCAGUGUGGUUGUUAUUCUGCUGUCUCGUCAUCCUGGCUGAAAGUACCCUUGGCAAUCCCUAUUUUGACGAAGACUCGCUUGCUUUAGUACCGGAAGAAGACUCAUUACAAGUUGUAGACUCAGAUUAUACAGACAAUGCCUUGGAGAAUUUAAUGCGAGCGGCUCAACAAAAGCGUUCCUCGUUGAUUCAUCUGUUUAGACGUGCCUGCAUAAGACGCGGUGGUAACUGCGAUCACCGGCCGAAGGAUUGUUGCUAUAGCUCGAGUUGCCGUUGCAGUUUAUGGGGUUCUAACUGUCAGUGUCAACGGAUGGGUCUCUUCCAAAAAUGGGGUUAAAUUGGACGAUUAUACAACACCCCUUAAAUGACCCUGAUGAUUACACUAUACCAAAUCCAAUACUCUUAUAUUUCAUUUCCUUUUACAUUGUAUAACCCUUCCAACCCAGCUCUCCUCCUUCUCCUCCUCCCCCUUCAUCCUCAUGUCAAAACUCGAAAAUGACUACAACAAAAUGGAGACAAAAAAAUAUUAUAAUAAUAUAAUAAUAAUAAUAAUAAUUAUUAUUAUUAUAUAUAUAUAUAUAAAUAUUAUUAUUGUUAUUAUUAUAUAAUGAUAAUGCGAUUCUAAAUGAUAAUUAAUAAUUAUAAUGAAAAAAUUGACAGAAGAAACACUCUGCGCGCGAACGCGGAUCCAUUAAUUCGACGUUCGAUCAAUGAUCUAUCCUUUAUUUAAUCGUACUUUUAUGUUUAAUUCAUUUGUUAUUAUUAUUAUUAUUAUUAUUAUUAUAAUUAUUAUUAUCAUUUUUUUUUGUUUCACUUUUUUUUUUUUUUUGAACUAAUUCGUCACUGAAUUUUAUUCAUUCGUUCUUCGCGAUUUUCUUCCUCGUCGAUUCACGAUAAUAUUCUAUCGUGAAUUUUUUUUUUUUUCCCCCCUAAUCUCUAGUCAGAUUAUUAAUUUUAUUAUUACAUUUUUUAUUUAUAGAUAUACGUCUAAAUAUGAAAUGAUUGUUACAUAAUAGAAUCGAAUGGUACCUCUUUUAUUUUCUAAUCUUUGAUUAUAUAUUUCAAUUCUUUUCAUUUCUUUUCAUCUUUUAUUUAUUUAUUUAUUUAUUUAUUUAUUUAUUUAUUUAUUUAUUUAUUUAUUUAUUUAUUUAUUUAUUUAUUUUUCUUUUUGUUAAUUCUAACCUUAAACCUUAAUUUCUAAUACACUUUUGCGAUAGAUUGUUCAUAAUUUUUUUGUUCACUUUGUAUUUUUCGUUCGAUUAGAAGAAAAAUGAAAAAAGAAAGAGAAAAAAAAAAAAAAAGAAAACAAUUAUUUAAUCGAUUUUUGUCAAGAACGUCGAAGAAUAUAAUCUUUCCUAUGAACUACCUCGUCUCCAAUUGUUCGAUUCUCUCUCUCUCUCUCUCUCUCUCUCUCUCUCUCUCUCUCUCCUCUUUUUCUCUCUCUAUUUCUCUCUGUCUGUCUAUCUGUCUCUCUUUUUCUUUCCUUUCUUUCUCUCUUUCCUUCUCUCUUUCUCUCUUCCUGACGAUAUUCACUCUACAAGUUCCAAGAACAACAACAACAACAACAUCAACAACAACAACAACAACAACAGCAACAGCAACAGCAACACGUAGUUCUAUCCACUGUAUAUCCUGGGAAUAGGAUCAAAGGAUCAGAGUCAAUUCAACGAAAACCAUGAAGGAAUCUAAUCCGUGGUGCGAUAUCAUCGAGGAGGAUAAAAAAAUAUUAUCUUGACGAUAUAAAAUCUGAAUAAUAUCAUCAUCGUUUUUUUUCUUUUUUUUUGACGCGCUUAAACAAUUCAAUUAAUUUUUGCGGAUUUCCUUUUCUUCGUCGUGUAUGAUCCUCCAUAAAAGAAAGAAAGAAAGAUAGAAAUAAAAAAGGAAAAAGAACAAAACAAGAAAUAAAUAAAUCGAUAGUAAUACUCAACAUUGAGAAGGAUUAAUUAAACGAGAACGAAGAAUCAUCGAUGACCACGCAACGUCGUUUUUAAUCUAAACAAACUAAAAACGAAGAGGAAAUGAUAGAUAGAGAAGAAAAAAAAGAAAACGAACAAACAAAAUGCAGCGUGAAUUUUAUUUUUCCUUUUUUUUUUCUUUUUCUUUUUUUUUUUUUUUGCUUCUGCGUGUUCUAAUUUUCUCGUCUACUUUUGAUUAGAUUUUUCUUGCGGCCUAAUGCUUCCCAAAUCCUUUAUUCGCGAGCAACGACGAACAAUGGGAUAUAUGUAAUGAAAAAAAUAAAUAAAUGAAUAAAUAAAUAAACAAAUAAAUAAAUAUAUAUAUAUAUAUAUAAAUAUAUUAUAUAUACUACCCGAGAAGUGUUUCUUCUUUUUCUAUUUCCUUUUUCUUUUUUUCUUUUCUAAAGAUUUAUACGACAUCUCGAAUGCUUUUGAAGGAACAUUGUUUGGCAGAACGUUGUAAAUUUUGUCAGGGACAAUUAGAUGCGAAGGAAAUGAUAAUAAAAAAAAAAAAAAAAAAAAAAAAAAUAAAUAAAUAAAUAAAUAAAAGAAAAGAAAAGAAAAGAAAUUGGCAGCGACGACUUUUCAAAAAGUAAGAAAAUGGAAAUUCGAAGAUUAGAAAAAAUAGAAUGAAAUAAAAAUGAAAAGAAAGAAAGAAAGAAAGAAAGGAAAAGAGAAGAAACGCAAAGCAAGGAGAUCCGAAUCGAAUAUCUAUAUCAAUAUUCGCGCAGAUACAGCAUCUUUGAAUUUAAAUACGACACGCUCAUUUCAAUUGAUAUAUAAUUUUAAGUGAAAAAGAAAAAAGAAAAGAAAAAAAAAAAAAAAACAGAAAAGGACAAAAAAAAGAAUUAUAAAAUUAAAAAAUUUCAAGAUAAAACAAUAAUGUAUGUAAUUCACGCAUUGUAUCCGAAGAUGGAUGUAAACGUACUGAUGUAUAUCAUAUGAAAAUAUAAUAUAUAUUAUAUAUGUA